AUGCUCGCAGGCGGAAAUUGCUGCGCGGCUCCUUCUGGCAGUGCGGCUCCCUCUGGCAGCGCGGCGCCUUCUGCAGGCAACUCCACUGUCACAGCAACUGGCAGCGCCUCUGUCACUGCUUCAGGAAGCGCCUCCCGCACUUCAGCACCGGCGGCUGCCAGCACUGCCGGAGCAGCGCCCUUCCAGACUGCAGGCGCUGGAGUCGGUCUUGGUGUUGCCAUCUUUGGAUUGCUCGCUGCUUUGUAG